AUGGUGAAGCAGACACAGAGAAUUAACGCGAAAGAAUUACAUCUAGGGAUCUCCGACGAAGCAUCAUGGCACGCCAAGUUCAAAGAUUCAGCCUACGUUUACGUCGGACGCUUACCGUACGAUCUCACGGAGGGUGAUCUCCUCGCCGUUUUCGCACAAAGUUAUGGUGAAGUUGUUGAUGUGAAUCUUGUUCGAGACCAAGGAACUGGGAAAUCAAAAGGAUUUGCUUUUGUUGCUUAUGAAGAUCAGCGAAGUACUAUCUUGCUAGAGGUGCUAAUACCGGUUGAGGAGCUGAAGAUCGGAGAAGUUCCAGGUGAGAUUGUGUAA